ACAAUCACGCACAAAAGCGAUUAUCCUUGCCUUUGAUAUUCUUCUUAAUCUUCAUUCUUCUUCUUUGAUUAAUCAACAUAAUUAAUAGUGAUCAUGGCAAAGCAUAUGUCUGAUCCUCUUGUGCUCGGAAGAGUGAUCGGAGAUGUUGUCGAUCCUUUUUCUCCGAGCCUUCGUAUUUCGGUGACUUACUCCAACAAGAAGGUAUACAACGGUCACGAGCUGCUUCCUUCCUCAGUAACCACAAAACCAAAGGUUGAGGUUCAUGGGGGUGAUAUGAGAUCCUUUUUCACUCUGGUCAUGACAGACCCGGAUGUCCCUGGUCCUAGUGAUCCUUAUUUAAGGGAGCACUUACACUGGAUAGUGACAGACAUCCCCGGCACUACUGAUGUUUCAUUUGGAAGGGAAGUGGUGAGCUAUGAAAUGCCAAGGCCAAACAUUGGGAUCCACAGGUUUGUGCUCCUUUUGUUCAAGCAGAAACGCAGGCAAACAGUGGCUGCUCCUCCUCCUUCAAGGGAGCGAUUCAGCACUCGUUCUUUCGCCCAAGAGAACGAGCUUGGCCUUCCUGUGGCAGCUGUUUUCUUCAACGCCCAGAGGGAAACUGCCUGUAGAAGACGCUAGCUGACCAAAAAAAAAAACACACUUAAUUUGAAAAAAAAUCAGUUAUCAGUUCAUCAUCACUUGGCAGUACUAUUAUCUCUCUCUCUCUCUCUCUCUCUCUCUAUAUAUAUAUAU